CACCAUGGUAAAAAUGAUGAUAACACAAGUGUUGAAAGUGAAGAUGGCACAAGUGUUGAAAGUGAUGAUGACACAAGUGUUGAAAGUGAGGAUGGCACAACUGUUAAAAUUGAGGAUGACAUAAGUGUCGAAAGUGAGGAUGACACAAGUGUUGAAAGUAAAGAUGCCAGAAUUGUUGAUAUUGAGGAUGACACAAGUGUUGAAAGUGAGGAUGACACAAGUGUUGAAUGUGAAGAUGCCACAAUUGUUGAAAGUGAGGAUGACACAAGUGUUGAAAUUGAGGAUGACACAAGUGCUGAAAGUGAAGAUGGCACACGUGUUGAAAUUGAGGAUGACACAAUUGUUGAAAGUGAGGAUGCCACAAUUGUUGAAAGUGAGGAUGCCACAAGUGUUGAAAGUGAGGAUGCCACAAUUGUUGAAAGUGAAGAUGCCACAAUUGUUGAAAUUGAGGAUGACACAAGUGUUGAAAUUGAGGAUGACACAAGUGCUGAAAGUGAAGAUGGCACACGUGUUGAAAUUGAGGAUGACACAAGUGUUGAAAGUGAAGAUGGCACAAUUGUUGAAAUUGAGGAUGACACAAGUGCUGAAAGUGAAGAUGGCACAAGUGUUGAAAUUGAGGAUGACACAAGUGUUGAAAUUGAGGAUGACACAAGUGCUGAAAGUGAAGAUGGUACAAGUGUUGAAACUGAGAAUGACACAAGUGUUGAAAGUGAGGAUGAUACAAAUGUUAAAAUUGAGGAUGACACAAGUGUUGAAAGUGAAGAUGGCACAAGUGUUGAAAUUGAGGAGGAUACAAACGGUGAAAGUGAGGAUAACACAAGUGGUCAAAGUAAGGGAAACAAAGGUGGUGAAAGUGAGGAUAACACAAGUGGUCAAAAUAAGGGAAACAAAAGUUGUGAAAGUGAGGAUGACACAAGUGUUUAAUGGAAUUGGAGGAUAACAUUAACCCCAAUCCCACAGUUUUUGCAACUAAAUCGUUAAGUCACAGCCUAUAUAGUAAUGUGGGUAGAGGAAUGGUUUUGAGUUCACACUGUCUUUUAGUUAUAAUAUCAUACAAUUCGGUAACAAUCUAAAAUUCUAUUCGUUCUCCUUGAUACUGAACUUUCUUAAAUUCUAUGGGUCUGGCGUGACCUAAUGAUCAGCGUGCUUGGACAGUGCAUUUUAUGGUUCAUGACUCGUGAUCCACACUUUCGGCCCGUGGGUGCGUUAUACAAGUAACUGUCAUACCCCAUUAUUAGGUUAGAUAAGAAUAGACCUAGAGUUGGCGGUGAGUGUUGUUGACUAGCUGCCUUCUCUCUAGCUUGUCAGUUCAAAAUCAGCACAGAAUCAAUAUGACCACCGUAGAGCAUCAGUAUUAUGUGAAGCAAAGAAACAGAGAAAAUAUGCGCUUCCAACUAUUCAGAACACUGUAAACCUUCAUCAGGUUUGUUCGAUUUUACUACUUGGGUUUUUUCCCUCAACUAUCCAGAAUGUUGUGAACUUUCAUUAAGUUGGUUCGGUUUUACUGCUUGUGCUUUUUUCUCAACUAUCCUAAACACUGUGAACCUUCAUUACGUUUGUUUGUUUUUACUGCUUGUGUUUUUUUCCCUCAACUAUCCAGAACACUGUGAACCUUCAUUAAGUUUGUUCGGUUUUACUGCUUGUGUUUUUUUUUCCCUCAACUAUCCAGAAUGCUGCAAGCAGGAGAAUUUCAUUAUGUUUAUUCAGUUUUUUUACGUUUUUUUAUAUAAUGCAAACUGCUGGAAACAGUACAAAUUUAAUUUAAAUAAGGUAACUUCAAAUUAACCGUAAUGCUGCGAGAAGAACAACUUCAGUUUAAAUGAGCUAUUUAAAACUAUCAUUAGUACCGGAAGCAGGACAAUUCAGUUUGAACAAGGUAAUUCAAACUAUCAUUAGUACCGGAAGCAGGACAAUUCAGUUUGAACAAGGUAAUUCAAACUAUCAAUAAUGCUGGAAGCAGAACAACUUCAGUUUAAAUGAGCUAUUUAAAACUAUCAUUAGUACCGGAAGCAGGACAAUUCAGUUUGAACAAGGUAAUUCAAACUAUCAAUAAUGCUGGAAGCAGGACAAAUUCAGUUUAAAUGAGCUAUUUAAAACUAUCAUUAGUACCGGAAGCAGGACGAUUCAGUUUGAACAAGGUAAUUCAAACUAUCAUUAGUACCGGAAGCAGGACAAUUCAGUUUGAACAAGGUAAUUCUAACUAUCAAUAAUGCUG